GCAACAGGACGCUGAAGCUGCUCUGCUGUAUAUCGCAGCGUCAGUAAUUGGGACGCUGGCCCUUUAAGAGUCCUCCGAGUUCUUCGGACUCUGCUCCGGAUGACGACUUGCUGUUAUUUUUACCGCGGUGACCUCAUCUCUUAUGGCAGCGGUAGGACUUCGGUUCACUCAUCCGCUUUCUGCUCGGUUUCUGCCGCCUCUUCUAUUCCCUUUCUCGGCCUUUAAUUUCCGCUACAUUUCCGCGGGCUUCCCCCGGAACAUCAGGCGGGACGGCGAAGCUGUUAGUCGGACUGUGACGAAGACUUUUCAGGCGGAAGCGUUGGCGUGAUGAAGAUGAUGAUGAUGGCCCGCCCCCAGAUGUGACAUCAUCCUGCCUUCAUCUUCCUCACUUGCUCCUCCUCCUCCUCAGGACCUGUAACCCGUCCAGAACCAUGAAGUUCUUCUGAGCUUCUCGUGUUCUGGAACCCGACCGGACCGCCACCAAGGAGGAAGAGUCGGAGCGGACCGGAGCGCGAUGCCCAGGCCCAGCGCGGUGCGGCCCAUUGGGCCGGAGGCCCUGGUGGUUCUGCUGGAGGGCGGGCUGGACCGGGUGGUUCUGAUCGACAGCCGGCCCUUUGUGGAUUACAACACGUCUCACAUCCUGGAGGCGCUGAACGUCAACGGCUCCAAGCUGAUGAAGAGGAGGCUGCAGCAGGACAAGGUGCAGAUCACCGAGCUGCUGCAGCACUGCGCCCGCAGCCAGGUGGCGCUGCAGGGCGACCAGGAAGUGGUCGUCUACGACCAGAACUCUUCGGACCCGGCCGCACUCGGCGCCGACUCGUUCCUCAGCGUUCUGCUGGUGAAGCUGGAGAGGAGCUUCCCCUCAGUCCACCUGCUGUCAGGUGGGUUCUGUGAGUUCUCCCAGCUGUUUCCGGGCCUGUGCGAGGGGAAGUCGGUUCUGGUUCCGUCCUGCCCGUCCCAGCCCGGCCCAGCCGUCUCCAACCUGGGCCCGACCCGGAUCCUGCCGCACUUGUACCUGGGCUGCCAGAGGGAUGUCCUGAACAAGGAGCUGAUGCAGCAGAACGACAUCACCUUCGUACUGAACGCCAGCAACACCUGCCCCAAACCGGACUUCGUCCCAGAAUCCCACUUCCUGCGGGUCCCCGUCAACGACUCCUUCUGCGAGAAGAUUCUGCCCUGGCUGGACCGGUCCCUGGACUUCAUAGAGAAGGCCAAGGCGUCAGACGGCCGGGUUCUGGUCCAUUGCCUGGCAGGAAUCUCCCGCUCUGCCACCAUCGCCAUCGCCUACAUCAUGAAGCGGAUGGACAUGUCUCUGGACGAGGCGUACCGGUUCGUGAAAGAGAAGCGGCCGACCAUCUCGCCGAACUUCAACUUCCUGGGUCAGCUGCUGGACUUCGAGAAGAACAUCAAGAGUCCGGACGGUUCCGAGAGCCGACCCGACCCGCCAGGCGCCGGGCUUCUGGCCAACCAGCAGGGGGCGGAGCCUCUGUCGGAGCCCCAACCCCCGCCCUGCGACCCGGCCGAGCAGCUGGCCGAGGCUCUGGGCGGCGCCCAGCUGGUGGACGGGUCUGAGGACAGCGCCCGCCUCAAGCGCUCCUUCUCCCUGGACAUCAAGGCAUUCGGAGAGCCGGGCGCGAGCCCCGCCCACCGUGCCUUCGGGCCGCACACCGGGCCCGGUACGAGCCCCGCCCACCGCGCCUUCGGGCCGCAUGGCGGCCCGGGCGAUGACUUCUACAAGGCGGCGCCGAGCAGCAAGGCGUGCCAGUUCUCCCCGGUGGAGGAAGUGUCGGAGCAGUCGACCCCGGAGCCGAGCCCGGACCAGGAGGAGGGGGCCGGGCCGGACCGGGCCAGCGGGCCGGACCGGGUGGCCUCGCCAGGUUCCGAUCCCGCCCCCAUAGACCAGCCGGGCUCUAGCCCCGCCCCCAAAGCCCCGGUCGGCCCACAGCACCUGCAGCGCUCCGGCAGCAUGGAGGAGAGCAACACCAGCUUCCUGCUGGGCCUGUCCUGCAGCCAGCAGCAGCUGGCCCGACCCGGUUCCGGGUCCGGUUUUGGUUCGGCUCUGAAGGGCUGGCACUCUGACAUCCUGCUGGGAUCCGUGGCGGUCUCCGCCUCCUCGCUGACGGCCGGCUGGUACCUGUCCUCUGAAACUACGCGGUUCUACUCGUCUGGGUCCGUCCUGAGCGGCGCUGGAUUCGGCCCGCUGGGCUGCGGCGCCGGCCUGGAGGCGGUCCGGCGCCGGCAAAGGGCCGGCGACCGCGGCGACUCGCGACGCAGCUGGCACGAGGAGAGCAGCUUUGAGAAGCAGCUGAAGAGGCGCAGCUGCCAGCUGGACGGGUCCAGAGAGGACAUGAGGCCGGUUCCGACCCGGCCAGGCUUCUCUGGCAGCAUGGAGGUCAUCCAGGUGUCCUGAGCUGCAGUGGCGCCGUGACAUCACAGACAGGGCUACGCCCACUUUAGGACAGGCAUCUGGGAGCCGGCAAAACCCAACCGAACCCGGCAGAGCCUGGACUCACCAGGCUCAUGGAGAAUCACCAGAACCGAAUCAGAAUCACAGAGCGGUUCUGAUCCAGAGGUUCUGAUCUGGACUGAUCCAAACAGAACCAAAGCCACUGAUUCUGAUAGAAGUCCUGUGAUUAGUAGGUAGCAGCUGGUUCUGGUGCAGAGCCGGGUUGGAUUUGCUUCUGGAUCCGAACCAGAACUGGGUCUGAGUAGAUGAUCAAUGAAAGUUUGAACUUCACCUGGGCGGUUCUGUGUUCCGACCCGGAUCAUGAUUCUGUGAUCUCAGGCUGAGACGCUCCAACAUUUGGACCUGAGCUUGGUUCUGGAGACACAGUGAGACGUUAGAAAGUCUCUGAUUGGUUGAUUGGUUCUGGUUGGUUGGUUCUGAUUGGUUGAUCAUCAGGAUAGUGUUGACCUGCAGGUAUGAACAGGUGUUGUAAUCUAUAAGAGGCUCAGAAGUUCUUGGAGGUUCUGGUUGGUCAGACUGGGUCCAUCUCCAGGUGAACCCUCAGGUGUCUGAGGGUCAGCGGGUCAUGUGACCUCCCUCCGCUCACAGGUAAUGUUGCACUAUGUUUGAAUGGUGAAAUAAACAGGCUCACCUGAAGUCACAUGGCCUCAGGUGAGUCUCCAGGACAGGA